CUCGUUUACUCGAUAGCUCACGCUCACGCACAAGAAGUGGAUCAGCGCUGACUAAUGACAAUGUAAUGACUACAUUGUCUGUUACCGAAUGGUUGAGUGAAAAAAAAAAAGAAAAAAACGAAGGUGCGCGCGAAGUCUAAAGCGGCGUGCGCGCAUGCGUGCUCAGGUUCGCCACUCGCUGGGCUGCUACGACGAGAUCCGCGAGGUGGAGGACCGCCAGGUGCGCCACUGCAACUGGGUGCGCUUCGUGCGGCUCGCCAAGCGGCUGUCGGCGCGCGUCAACCUGGUGGCCAGACGGGCGUCGCCGCAGCUGAGGCAGGCGCCCGUGCUCUACCGCGUGCUGAGGCCCGUGCGGCCGAACACCGAGCUGGUGGCCUUCUUCGACGACGGCGCCCAAGAAGAGGCGCUCGGCAUCGCCGCCACCUCGACGCCCAAGGCGGCCGUCGCACUGGAACGCCGCCUCUUUCAGAGGACUCUGCAAGGUUAGGGUUGCACAGUGUUUUUAGUGGGCCGGCAUUGGGAAUGUCAAAGUAGAAGAAAGUGUGUGAAGUGUGGGAAGGCGGUCACGUGGUAGACGUAGAGAGGGGAUCGGAUAGCUUACAAGAGCGUGUAUAUCUAUCUAUCUAUCUAUCUAUCUAUCUAUCUAUCUAUCUAUCUAUCUAUCUAUCUAUCUAUCUAUCUAUCUAUCUAUCUAUCUAUCUAUCUAUCUAUCUAUCUAUCUGGAUAUAUAGAUAGAUAGAUAGCGCCACUGACGGUAGUCUGCGCCCACACUCCACAUGGGUGCUGAUCGGGAGUGAAAGGGGCAGCGUG